UUUGACGUUUCCGAUUUUUUUUAUUUUUUAUUCUACAACACGCAAAAUUUUAAACAAAAUUGCAACAAAUUAACUAAAAAAAAAGAAACUUUUAUCUCUUUGAAUUAUAAAAAUGUUUUCACGAUGUCUUGAUUGUCUAAAGAAGAAGACCCUUUUGCCAUGUACAUUGGGUCUACAAUAUCCAACAAUACGUAAUAUUAGCACAGCAGAAAUUGCCACAGCCUUGAGACCGUUUUAUUUUGCAGUUCAUCCGGAUUUAUUUGGUCAACAUCCAGAACAAAGGCACGUAAAUGAAGAAUCUCUCAAACAUUUAAGUGCGCAUUUUGAGGCUAUGAAACAAAGAAGACUAUCCUAUAAUGUACCGAAUGUUUUAAAAUUCUAUAUUAGAGAAGGUGAUCCAGAAAAAAGAGAUUCUUUCAAAUUAAUUCAAGUGCGAUUGGAAAAAACACAUGAACCUAAAUUAGUGAUAAAGAGCCUUCUCGAAUCUUGUAAUUUAUCCACAGAUUACAUUGAAACUAUUAAAUCUGUACAGAAUUCUAGCACACAAAAUGUUGCUGCUGCCUAUGGCAGCUACAAAACUAAUGCAACACCUUAUGGUGACAUCAAGUAUGGAUCGGAAUUUAAUAAUUUUGAAUUUACAUUUCGUGAGAGAAGUGUAAAUGAUCGAAAGGAAUUGAGAUCCUGGUUGAAAAACAAUGCAUCCGAAGCCCUUUCGCGUAGCAAAGACUUGGAAGGAUUAAAAGAAGAAGUCACAAAAUUACAAAAAUCACUUGCAGAACGAUUAAUGCUCAAAGAAGUUCGUUACGAUUGCGGUUGGAAUUACGAACAUUAUCGAGGAUGUCUUAAGACCUUAGAACGUCUUGCAAAUAUGCAUGGCAAACAUGUAGAUGUUUUAAAAGGAAGAAUUGUAGUAUUUGCACCAUUUACUGGUGUCAGUUUGGAGGGUCAUGUUAUGCUCUUUACUGGAGAUGUUUUAAAUAAUUGGUUGGAUUUUAUAAAAAACAUUGCGAAACACGACAGUUUUCUGAAAAAGAUUCCAAAUUACGAAACAGCUUUAUCACAAGUCCUUCGAAAUAUCAAAAUAGGAAGAAGAAAAUUUAUGCCAAAACAACAAGCCGUUGACUAUGCCGGCCAUCUGACUAAAGUCACAACAAAUCUUUUAGAUUUUCUGACCACAAAUAAAUUUCCAAAAUCCUGGCCACAGGAUAUGUCUGAAUUUGAAAUAGUCGUUGAAUCUGAAUCUGGUCCUUUAAUGGUAAGUCCAACUGGACAACUUAUUGCACCUUCUACCUGUCCUGGCACAAUUCUUGUUGAUUUCAUUACCACUCAUCUCGAUGAGGCUAAACAAAAAAUGGAGCAAUAUAAUAAACAUAAACAUAUUGAAAAAGAACUACAUAAACGAUGUAUAGAAUUGUUACACUUGAAAUCUCUGACAAAAGAUGAUUCCGUUACACCAGACAAGAUGAUUCAAACUCUUGACAAGCUGAUUUUGACCAACUUGAAGUCAUUAGAAAAUAUUCAUUUGAAUAUAACAAAUUAUUAUUCAGUUCAUACAGAUGGCACUGUAUGCAUACCUUGGGACUUUGAAUUAGAUUAAUAUUAAAAAUCUAGCGCUUUUUUGUUAAACAAUAUCAAUGGAUUGAAUUGAUAGUUUUCCUAUAGGAGUCUAGUUCAGUUUGUGAAUAUUUUAAAAAAAAUAUAUGUUUUGAGAUGUGUUCUUUUUUGUGUGUAGAAAAAUAUAUAUACAACGAAAUGUGAUAGAAAUGUCAAUAACUUUAACAUUGUAUAGUUUAUUUUUUGUUAAUACAUAUAUACAUGAAAUUAUUAUCUAUACUAUGUUUACAUAAAUAUUUUAUCAUUAUUAAGUUAAACUAGUCUUGAUUCCA